AUGAUUUCGGAUCCGAAAUUAGUCUUCUACGCCUGCAUUUCCAAGGGGACUACGAUUCUGGCGGAGUUUAAUUCAGUGGAUCCGGAUCUGCAAACCCUAGCUCUCAAAUGCCUGGAGAAAGCUCCUGCGUUGCACUCCAUGUUCUCCCAUACAGUUCGACAACGGACGUACACGUUCUUGCUAGACGAGCCCGAUCCGUAUGUUUAUUUUGGCAUUUUCGAUGAAAAGAUGGAGAGAUAUGAGACGCUAUGGUUCCUCAAUCGGGUAAAAGAGGCGUUCAAGGGCAUGAUUCGGAAUGAUCCGAUAAAGAAUUUCGAUGAUCUUAGCUCUCAUUGCUUUCAAGGAGAAUUCAAUCCCGUUUUUCGGCAAUUAUUGUCUCAUCCGGUGGAGCCAGAGCAAUUGAAUUUGGAUUUGAAUUCGAGUUUGCCUCAAAAUGUCUUGAAAGAUAAACGAAAUUUGAGUCUGGAUUGUUCUACCAGAGGGAAGAGGAUUGUAUCCUUGCCAUUGCUUGGGAAGCCAGGUAAGGGGCUGAAGAAGAAGAAGAGAUUAUCGGGUGAAGUCAAUGGCGAUACCCGAGAUCAUCUAAUGGAGAAUAAGGUGGUUGAUGUAUCAGAUGAUGGCGGUAGCCAAACAAGGGAUUUUCCGGCUUCUAUGCAAAAGAAUGGUGGAUAUUUGGGCGACAUGGCUGCAGGAAGACAGAAGGCGAAGCAAGUCUGGAAGCAACAAGUUUGGAUGGUGUUGAUACUGGACUUGUGUGUGUGUUCGGUAUUGUUCGGAGUUUGGUUGUGGAUUUGCAGGGGCUUCAGGUGCGUUGAUGGUUGAAUUAUGGGUUACAGAUCUGAAGUGGGUGUUCUUGUUUCUUCUCAAGAAUUAUAGCGGAACAGUAAUGUGGAUUCAUUCAACUCGUACUUUACUGAUGUCAUUGAGUUCUGAAAAGUGUGGUAAUGCUUCUUGUUUCCUACAUGAGCUGUGUAUGAAUAUCAUGAAGAGCCAUAUAGCUCUUCUUUUACGUAUUUACGUAAUGCUUCAAAUUGUGAAUAUCCAAAAACCUGACCUCUGCCAUCGCAAA